GAAGAAGAAGACGACAUACUAAUGCUAGCCUACACAAUACCAUCUCUUUUUUCAGACUUGUUGUUUUUUUUGUGAAUACUUGGUAGUUUAAUCUUGUUAAGCCUUUAAAAAAAAAAAAAAAAAAAUCUAUAUUCAAAUUAAACCAAAGCCCAAAAGGUCCACCGGAAGCACUGUGUUAUUUUGUUGGGUAGUUCAAAUGAGCUAAAUUGAGCUUUUCACAUGGUUUGCAUAUACAAUUGCCACCUUCAAAGCGACGGCAGCCUUCACACAGCUCUACGUGCAGUCGAGUGUAACCUCAAAAGGUAACAGAAAACCAUGCAGACCCUGAAACGAUGCUGUUGUCCUUCCUCAGGGAGAAACUGAGGUUAACUGGAACCAAGUAUGGCUGCGGCGGUGGAGGCUGCGGGGCGUGCACAGUUAUGGUGUCUCGCUAUCAACCCGCCACCAAAACCAUCAUACAUUACUCAGCCAACGCCUGCCUCCUGCCGCUCUGUCAGCUUCACGGAGCUGCAGUCACCACGGUGGAAGGCGUCGGCAGCACCAAGACCAGGAUCCACCCUGUUCAGGAGCGAAUAGCGAAGGCUCAUGGCUCUCAGUGUGGCUUCUGCACUCCAGGGAUGGUGAUGUCCAUGUACGCCCUGCUGAGGAACAAACCUCAGCCCACCAUGGAGGACAUCACCCAGGCUCUGGCUGGUAAUCUGUGUCGGUGUACUGGAUAUCGACCUAUUGUUGAUGGCUGCAGGACCUUCUGUCAGGAAACCAACUGUUGCCAAAUCAAUGGAGUCAGAAACUGUUGCCUCAAUGGAGAGGAAAAUACUGACGAACCAGAGCAUGAAAAGGCACAGCUGUUUGACAAGGAGGGGUUUCUGCCGCUGGACCCGACACAAGAGCUGAUCUUCCCUCCUGAAUUGAUUCUGAUGGCAGAGACUGCGAACCCACAGACACUCACCUUCCAUGGGGAGAGGCUGACCUGGGUGUCCCCCGCCUCUCUGGAGGAGUUGGUCCAGCUAAAGACCAGUAACCCUAAAGCUCCGCUGGUCAUGGGCAACACCAACUUAGGUCCAGAUAUGAAGUUCAAAGGUGUCCUGCAUCCGCUGCUAAUAUCUCCAACCAGAGUUAUGGAGCUGUAUGAGGUCACUCAGACACCACAGGGUGUUUGGUUGGGAGCUGGCUGCAGUCUGUCCGAGGUUCAGUCCCUUUUGGACAAGCUGGUUUCUCAGUUGCCAGAGGAGAAGACCGAACUCUUCAAGGCCCUGAUCCAGCAGCUGUGUAAUCUGGGAAGCCAGCAGAUCCGCAAUGUUGCUUCUCUUGGAGGCAACAUCAUGAGCGCGUACCCUAAUUCAGACCUGAACCCUGUUUUGGCUGCUGGGAACAGCAAAGUGAGCGUCAUUUCCAGCGGAGGAAGACGAGAGGUUCCUCUAAAUCAAGACUUCUUCGUGAGCUUUGGGAAAACCAUCCUGAAACCAGAAGAGAUUGUUGUGUCUGUUUUCAUUCCCUUUUCCAGAAAGGGGGAGUUUGUUCGAGUUUUCCGGCAGGCUCCGAGGAAGGAGAGCUCUUUUGCCACCGUGACGACAGGGAUGAGGGUAUUUUUCUCGGAGGGUUCUAGGGUGGUUCAGGAUGUCAGUAUUUACUACGGAGGAAUGGGACCGACCACUGUCAGUGCUGCCAAAACCUGUGCAGCUAUCGUCGCAAGGCCAUGGGAUGAUGAAACCCUCAGCCAGGCCUAUGACAUCCUCCUGGACGAGUUGGCCCUCCCUCCUUCGGCUCCUGGAGGGAAAGUAGAGUUUCGGCGGUCCCUGACUCUCAGCUUCCUCUUCAAAUUUAACCUGCAGGUCCUGCAGAAGCUAAGAGAAAUGAAUGUGAUUGCAGACGAGCUUCCUGAGAAGAUGCAGAUCAAGCCUUUACCCAGAGAGAUCCACCCCAGCCUGCAGGAGUUCCAGCACGUGUCAAAGGGCCAGAGUGACCAGGACCCAGUGGGGCGUCCCAUCAUGCAUCGCUCUGCUCUCAGCCAGGCCACAGGUGAAGCUGUCUACUGCGACGACAUCCCCAGAACAGACGGGGAGCUCUUCCUGGCUCUGGUCACUAGCUCUCGAGCACACGCUAAGAUCACAGGACUGGACGUGAGCGAGGCUCUGCAGCUUCCUGGUGUUGUCGAUGUCAUCGCGGCCAAAGAUAUACCCGGGAAGAAAGUCCGUGCAAUGUUUGGUUAUGAUGAGGAGUUGCUUGCUGAGACAGAGGUGUCGUGCAUCGGCCAGAUGUUAUGUGCGGUGGUCGCUGAUACGAGGGCGCACGCCAAGCGAGGUGCAGCAGCUGUGAAGAUCAGCUAUGAAGACCUGCCGGACCCUGUUUUCACAGCAGAGGAAGCCAUUGAAAAGUCAUCUUUCUUCGAGCCACGGAGGAUGAUCGAGACAGGAAAUGUAACUGAAGCCUUUAAAAGUGUUGAUCAGGUUUAUGAAGGAGAGAUACGAAUGGGUGGCCAGGAGCAUUUCUACAUGGAGACUCAGAGUAUGCUGGUUGUUCCUGUCGGUGAGGAAACAGAGUUCAAUGUUUACGUCUCCUCUCAGUGGCCCACUUCAGUUCAGGACGCUGUUGCGGAGACGCUGGGCAUCCCGUCCAACAGAGUCACCUGUCACGUCAAAAGGAUCGGCGGAGCGUUCGGAGGGAAGAUCACUAAAACCGCCAUUCUGGCUUGUAUCACCUCUGUGGCUGCAUGGAAGACCAGUCGUGCAGUCCGCUGUGUUCUGGAGCGAGGUGAGGACAUGUUGAUCACGGGAGCUCGUCACCCCGUCCUGGGAAAGUACAAGGUGGGUUUCAUGAGUGAUGGAAGGAUAGUGGCUGCAGAUAUCCAGUACUACGCCAAUGCUGGCAACACUGUGGAUGAAUCUGUUCUGAUCGUUGAGAAGAUUUUGCUCCACAUGGACAACGCCUACAACAUCCCCAACCUGCGAGGCUGCGCCGCCGCCUGCAGGACCAACCUGCCCUCCAACACUGCCUUCAGGGGCUUCGGCGUGCCCCAGAGCAUCUUGGUCGUGGAGAACAUGGUCAACGAUGUGGCUGUGGUGCUGGGACGCCCUGCAGACCAGAUUCGGGAGAUCAACAUGUACAAGGGUCUGUCAGUCACCCACUACAAGUUUGAGUUCAGCCCGGAGAACAUGCUGCGCUGCUGGGAGGAAUGUAAGGCCAAGUCUGACUACAGCGCCCGCCAAAGAGCCGUCGAGCAGUUUAACCAGCAGAACCGCUGGAGGAAGAGGGGGAUGUCCAUCAUUCCCAUUAAAUAUGGCAUCGCAUUUAGUGAGAGCUUCUUAAAUCAGGCUGCCGCUCUGGUCCACAUCUAUAAAGACGGCUCCGUUCUGGUCACUCACGGCGGGACGGAGAUGGGUCAGGGAAUCCACACUAAAAUGCAGCAGGUCGCAAGCCGGGAGCUUCAUAUCCCCUCCUCCAAGAUUUACAUAAGUGAAACCAGCACCAACACUGUUCCCAACACCUGCCCUUCUGCUGCUUCCUUCGGCACCGACGCCAACGGCAUGGCAGUCAAGAAUGCCUGCCAGACUCUGUACCAGCGACUGGAGCCAAUCAGGCAGAAGGACCUCAAAGGAUCUUGGGAGAGUUGGGUCAAGGCGGCAUUUUUUGAGAAAAUCAGUUUAUCAGCUACCGGAUUUCACAGAGGUCCAGACCUUUACAUGGACUGGGACAACAUGGAGGGUCAGCCUUAUGCUUACUUCACAUUCGGAGUGUGUUGCUGUGAGGUGGAGCUGGACUGCCUCACAGGAGACUACAGGACUGUGAGGACAGACAUUGUGGUCGACAUCGGCAGGAGCGUGAACCCCUCUGUGGACAUUGGACAGAUUGAAGGAGCGUUCAUGCAGGGUUUGGGUCUCUACACUCUGGAGGAGUUGAAGUUUUCCCCCUCUGGGCUCCUGUACUCUCGAGGUCCGUCUCAGUAUAAGAUCCCCGCGGUGUGCGACGUGCCGCUUCGAUUGAACGUCUAUCUGCUGUCAGACUCCCACAACCCCCACGCCAUCUACUCCUCAAAGGGUAUUGGAGAACCCAUUCUCUUCCUUGGCAGUUCAGUGUUCUUUGCCAUCAAAGACGCCGUGGCCGCGGCUCGCUCUGAGUCCGGUCUAGUCGGCCCAUUUUCCCUGGACAGCCCAGCGACACCGGAGAGGGCCUGCUUAGCCUGCGCCUCCCCGUUCACUCAGAAGGUAACAGUACUAAAAUACUGGUGUUCUGACUCAGUAAGUGCACUGGUAAACACAUAUUAACCCUUUUAUCAGCACUGUCUGCGGUGAUUUGCCCGACAUGGAUUUUGCCAAAAGUGGACAUUUUUAUUUACAGACAGUUUGUAUCUUUUCAAGUUUUCAGUGUUUCUUCCUAAAUAUUCUUUUGUCAAGGUGGAAAAUCUCCCGAAGCAGCAGAAGAGAAAUCCUAGGACGCAAGAAUUAUUAAUUCACUGAAAAUAAUUAAAUGAUUAAAUAAAUGAAUAUUCAGUGAGAAUAAAAGAUCCUGUCUGCUCAUCCAGCCCAAUUACCUCUGGAGCUGUCGUCAGACAAGAACCUGGGUUUUAGCUGGUAUUUAAUUCAAUUCCAUUAUGGAUGAUAUUAGAAAGCUGAUACCUGUCUGAUCCUGUUACGUACAGGAGGCCACUGUACAAGACUUCAUUUAUUUUCCCGGAAUUUAUUAACCAGUCUUUUUUUUAUCUUCCCCAUUGUUUUCUACUUGUGACAGUAAACCAGGCAAAGACCAGUAAACUAAGACAAAUGUAAAAAAUGGGGUAAACUAAACUACUCUAAUUUCAUUCUGAUAAAGUAAGCUUACUUCAACAAAAUAAAUAAAGGAAAUAAGUGAAAUCACUUCAUCGCUUAUUGCUGCAAAAAAAACAGCAUAUGGAAAUGAUUGCUGUACCUUUGCCAUUCAUGUCUGUUAAUGUUUGUUUGUUUGUUUGUUGUUUUAUUCUGUUUCCAGAUUCCAGCCAGCAAACCCGGAUCUUUCAAACCGUGGGCCUUAAACAUCUAAAACUGAAACUUGUUUUGUUUUUCAUGUGAUCAAACUAAAGCUAGACUGACUGUAGACUAAAUGAAACUAACAAUAAUUAACAAAUACAGUUAUUUUACUAAUAGAAAAUAUCUUUACAUGUCAGUUGUUACCAAAGAAAUUAGACUUUUGACCAACACCAUAUGGCACAUUUAAACUCAUUCUCAACCAUGUAUAAUGUGAAAUGAAUGCAUCAUGACCGCUGGAUUUUACAGCACAUUUGAAUGUUUUUGCUUAUGCACUUGUCCCCCAGCGUCGCUUUUUCAACAACAGAAUAAACAAUUGAAAAAAUAUUUAAUAUAUCACAUAUAUCCACUG